UUUGGCUUGUCACGUCAAUGAACGACAAGAGCAACAAACUGUCAUUAAAAAGUUACAACGCAGGUGCUUAUCUGCCAGAUGUAAACCCCAGUCUGCGAGACAGACUUCCUCUUUGCUAAACUCUGCCGUCUAGCCGUGGCGUGCUCGGUUCCUGAGGUAGGAUAUGGUCUGGUGACGUAGCUUGUCGGGCUGCGGAUUGACGUCGCUGGUCUAUCACCACGAAGUGCUCGUCUCGGCGGUGAGGAGAGAGCGACGGCGACUCGAAUGCAGCAGACGGUAAACACCCUGCCACCAAGAGAAGAUAGGCUACGAUUGUUCCACGAUUAUUCUUCGCUUACUGGUGAAGGGCAUCGUCUUAAAUUAAGGGACCAUUGUUUUUAAUGUUUCAUCUUAAAGAGAGAUCAAGAAGCCUGAUGUACAGAUGACGACAAUGCUUCUCAUCUUAUAAAAAAUAAAAAAUACUGUUCCUGAGUGGCAGACAGUGAACCUUGUGUUACUGAAAAUCGCUUAUUGAUAUCUCAGUCAUUGUAAUAUGGCUAUGGUCCAGAAUAACCGUCCUCACCCUGACAAGGACCAGGCUCUCCUUCGAGUGCCACUGAAGAGGCUGAUGCGAGAGCGACCAGUAGACACCACACCAAUAAAAAAACGUGUAAUGGCUGCCCUUAACCUGUCGUGCAAAAAACUCUCAGAGUCGUCGAUUUCAUCGUCGCCUUCCUCAUCGUCAAAGCUGCCCAUUGUAAAGACUGAGCAUGUGGACAAAGACUCCAUGUAUCUGGGCUGUGGCCAUGAUGCUGGCUAUCAGCAGGACUCUAAGCUAAAAUGUGGAAGGGACAGUGCCCUGGACCUGAGCCCGGCUCUCAGACACACUCUGGCCCAGUUCACUCUGAGCAGCCAGUGUUCUUUGGGUGGACCAGCCGCCUUCGCUGGCCAUCUUGGCACGGACAGGCUCGUCCCGUUGCUCACCCAGGGCAGCGUGACGGGAGGGCCCCUGCUGGUGCCUCCAGACAGCUCGACGGAGCUCGCCCUGUGCGCCCUGCAGGGCGAGUCCAUCUCAUGCUUCUCGGUGGGGGGGGAGCUGCGGCUCUGCCUCCCCCAGGUGCUGAACACCGUGCUGCGCAACUUCUCCCUGCAGCAGAUCAACUCAGUGUGCGACCAGCUCUACGUCUACUGCUCCCGCUGUGACGGUGCCCAGCUGCAUGUCCUCAAGGCUGUGGGUGUCCUCCCACCCGGCGCCCCCUCCUGUGGCCUCAUCACGCUCACUGAUGCCCAGCGCCUCUGCAAUACCCUGCUCAACCCAGGCGAUGCCGCCCUGACUGAGCCCCCCAAGGACCGCACAGAAGAGGAAGAGGAGGAACAGGAGAGUGAAGAGGGCAGUGGCUUGUGGGUGGAGCAUCAGUGCCUGGGCAAGUGCCAGGGCCUGUUCGAGCCACGCCUCUACGUGGGGCCCAGCGCACCAUGCAUCCGCUGCUCACAGUGCCGCCGCCUGUUCUGCCCUGAGCGCUUCGUCAUGCACUCGCACCGGCAGCCUGAUAAGCGCACGUGUCACUGGGGCUUCGACUCGGCCAAGUGGCCCCGCUACCUGCAGCUCGGGCGUCGCUACCAUGGCACGGCGGAGGAGACCAAGCUGCAGUCGCUGCUGGAGGUGCUGAAGAUGAAGUUUCACAGCCUCCUGCCAGAGACAAAGCAGCCUUACCAGCCACAUCUGGAGGUUGUGGAAGCAGACGAAGGAUUAAAUCUCUGUUCUGGGAAGGGGAAGCUGUGUGAAAGCAGCUCAGAGGGAAAGGUAGUUCCUUUGCCUGCCUAUGCGUUCGACCCAUGUCUGCUCAACAGUGUGAAGGAUGACCCUGGCCACCUUGACCUCAUGUGGCGAAGCUGGUACCUUUACAUGCAUGAUAAGCUGACUAGUCCCAGCAUUCAGACUUCGGUCUGCGUUGCUGGGAAAGGCGUGGAGACGCUGAGAGCUGAGAUGCCAGGCAGCCUGCUCAACCAUGGAGACAGCCAGACAGGCAGCGAGAGGCUGAGCCAGGACGGGAGAGAGCCUUGUCCCAAGACAUCUGCAACUGCAGGGUCGAGAAAAAUAAGCUGCUCCACCAGCCGAUCUCAACGUGACAGUCCAGAUGAGUGGCCGAGGGUUUCCACGGAAACGGCCGUGCGUGAGAAGCCUUGCGGUGGCGGUCUGGAGGAGAACAAGGAUGGCAUGGUGGCGGAGGUGCUUCAGUUGUACAAUGUGCAGCACGAGAAGCUCCAGACAACGCUCCGCAGACAGCUGCAGCUGGAGAAGGAGCUGCAAGCUCUGCGCAGGGAUGAGGUGGUGGAGCAGCGCCACCCACAGGCUGAGACGGAGGAGGCGCCAGUGGCACAUGGCCAGCAGCUGGAGGAAGUGAAGAAGGAGCAAAGACAGCAGGGCUGCAGUUGCAAAGAGCAGCGAGGAGGCGAGCGACAGCGGGAGAACCGAUACGCUGCACAGAUAUCAGAGUUGCGUCAGAGGCUGGACCGUGCUGAGGAGGACCGGGAGGAGUUGCAGGAGGAGCUCCGCCGAGAGAGGGAGGCCCGGGAGAAGCUGGAGCGCACCAUUGCUGAGCUCAAACAGCAAAUGAAGGAGUCUGUGCCCAUGUCGACACUGGACAGCCCCCUCUCAAACUCCUCAAGUGAUGUGCUGAUAUCCCUGGUGCCAUAGUUUAGUCUCCAGACCAGUUAACUGCAGAACAUCAUAAUGACUCGAGUUUUAUUUUGGGACACUCUCUCGGCCUUGGAAUUUUAGAGCCAAAUUACGUUUUUAUUGUAGCUGAAGACAGCCAAAGCCUUAAAUCUCAUUGACUUCGGUAAGGCUUUUAUUAAUAAAACAUUACUGUUCAGUUACAUACUUCUCAAUGUGCAGACAAAUACAACAGUAUCCUUGGGCUAAAUAUUUGUUCUGCAAUAUAAAUUUAAUCAAGUAGAGCAUUUACUGCCUUGUUAUUUUUGGUACAUCAUUCACAUCACAUACAUACGUGCCCUCUGUGUGGGGGAUCAAUAUCAGAAUUCCGCCCUUUGUGUGGGGGAUCAAUAUCAGAAUUCCGCCCUCUGCGUGGGAGUCUACAUCAGAAUCUUAUAACCUGCACACGUAGACUCUGCACCAUUUAUUAGUCAGUGCAAUGACUACUGGAAAAAAGAAUUUCAGAAUUUUAAUUGUUGCAAAUUUAUAAUGUGAUAAAUUGUUUAUAAAAGUAUUUAUUGUUUUAUUGUUAAAUGUUACGUGAGCAGGCCUGUGUAAAAUUAUACAUACUUAAAGGUACACUAAGUAAUAUGAUUUUACUGCUUCACCUGUAACCAUAUAGGCCUGGUAACUGGCAAGCUGCUCGUAUUACCAUAGGACUUGCUGUGACAUAGGGAUAAGAGGUAACGUUCAGGAUUGUCAAGCCCAGUGUACACGUAAAACAUUUUCCCAGCUUACAGAAUUUAUGGGGUCCUGUAAAGCUUGCCAUUGUGUAACAUUCCAAACCUAUGACCAUUAAGUACCACCAUUUUUUUCUUAAUAUCAUUUUGUAUUAAGAAAAAAAAAAUUGUCUAUUUUUAAUGGAACUUUUUACUUAGUGUACCUUUAAGAUUUUUUUUUUGCUAGAUGCAUCUUUUAUGUAUGUAUACACAGUUUGAAUGUACAAUAUGUAUGCAUGUAUGUUUGCUAAAAUAUAUGGAUAUAUUAACCAUGUUUACACCAUGUUAUGAGUUAUGAAAAAAUGAAUUAUGUAUAUAAAUGUUUUGUAAACCAUUUCUUAUGAAUGUUGUAAAUCCUGAUACUUUCUGUUUAUACUGCUACAUUUCAUUUUGAACUUUUAACAAAUUAACAAGUUUAUGUUGGUAAAAUCAAAAGGUAUAAUACUCUUCGCAUUCUCACAUUAAUUAUAAUCAUGGGAAAUCAUAUUAAUUACUAUAUAAUUGUGUCAUGAGUUUAGAUAAACAGUGUUACUUUAAAUAUGCCGUGAGAGCAACAUGAUCAUAUAUCAUAUAUGAGAAUUAAUUGAUUUUUUUCCCAAUUUAUUUGGAUUGUAAGCUCUCUCAUUGACAAUCAGAAGGGAUAUCUUUAAUUCCUUGAACAUAAACACUUAAAGAUGAGCUGAUGAAAUUGUUGCUACCUCAGAUGAAUAUAUAAGCUAUGUAUUUGUGUUUCAUACAAUAUGUACUGAAGGAAAUGAAGAUGGAAUAUUUUGGCAGUCAGAUAUAAUUACCUCUGUGCUGUUUCUAUGCUGCUUUAUGGACUAAGUGUUAUUGGCUUUUUUUCAUCGGAGCUGAGUGAGAUUUGCAUGCAUAAUAUUAAACACACAAAAGAGGUUUGCCUUUAUACAUAUACUAAGUAUUUCUUUAACCAUCUUUCACUGUCAGACGUUAUUUUAGAGUUACACUGUCAUGUGUGCCGUUAUAUUGGUUUUCUUCUUAAUGCCAUUGUUUGUGUUUCUAUAGUAAUUCCCACUCUUGUCCUACCUCCACCUGUGAUUGACACUUUGUAUCACCCUAAACAUUGUGUAUGUCAGUUCAUCACGACUGAAAUACUAAUUUAUCAUAGGGGUUAAAAAAUAAAAUAUAUUGGUACACUU